CACUCGGCUCCGCACUUCGGCUCCGCUCAGAACGCUCGGCUCCGCUCUUCGGCUCCACUCGGCUCCUCGGUUCUCAGCCACUUCGGCUCCACUCGGCUCCGCUCUUCGGCUCUCCUCGGCAGGUUAGCCACCCCACACCUUUUUAGCUCCUCUGCUAACACAGGUGGUGGUGGAGAGAAAACCUCGCACCUGUCCCCGGCUGUCACCUCCACGGUCUCCUGGUAUAAACCCAAAACAAUGUUCCGUUUAAUGACUGACUCUUCCACGCACCAGGGCUGUCUUAAAACACGCAUUACUGCCGCAGCUCACUAAUUGUUGUGGAGGAGGAAACUCAUUUUAUUUUUCUUGGAUUUUUUUUGAGAUUGUUUUUCAUGUUUUGCAAGCUGUGACUUCAAAAAGGGAUUAUUAUUAAUUUUUUUUUAUUUUUAUUUUUUGCAGGGGUGGUGGGGGGGGUUUGCAUACUUCAAAUCCACCAAGGUUACAACAAAAAACAAACAAAAAAAUGUGCAUUUGUGACCAUAUAGUAAUUCACAGUGUGGGACUCUUUCUUUCCUGGAAUGCAACUGUUUUAUUGCAAAAAAAAAAAGUCAGCUGUUGAUUGUUGUUUUUUCAUAGUUAAACCAACCUUGUUUGUUUCCCAGGGAUCUGACAUUAUUGUUUUUUGAACACUGAACACUUUACCUCCACCUCCCACCUCCACCUCCACCUGACAGUGAAGCCCAUUGAUCCAUUAUUGAUUGAGAAGAAAAGCUGAGAGAAGAGAUGUCGGGACAAUCUAUCACGGAUCGGAUCGCAGCAGCCCAGCACAGCAUGACCGGGUCGGCCAUCAGCAAGGCGGUGUGCAAAGCCACCACACAUGAAGUCAGUGGACCCAAGAAAAAACACCUGGAUUAUCUGAUCCACUGCACCAAUGAGAUGAACGUGAGCAUUCCCCAGCUGGCGGACACGCUGUUUGAGCGCACGGCCAACUCCAGCUGGGUGGUGGUCUUCAAAGCCCUGAUCACCACCCACCACCUCAUGAUGUACGGCAACGAGCGUUUCAUCCAGUACCUGGCCUCCAGAAACACCCUGUUUAACCUGAACAACUUCAUGGAUAAAGGAGCCCUGCAAAGUUACGACAUGUCAAUCUUCAUCAGAAGAUACAGCCGUUAUCUGACCGAGAAGGCCAUGUCCUACAGACUGGUGGCUGUGGAUUUCACCAAGAUGAAGAGGGGGAUUGACGGCGUGAUGCGCACCAUGAACACAGAGAAGCUGAUCAAGACGCUGCCCAUCAUUCAGAACCAGCUGGAUGCUCUGCUGGAUUUCCAGGCUAACCCUAAUGAGCUGACCAACGGAGUGAUCAACGCAGCCUUCAUGCUGCUCUUUAAAGACUCCAUAAGGCUGUUUGCUGCUUACAAUGAAGGGGUCAUCAACCUAUUGGAGAAAUACUUUGACAUGAAGAAGACCCAGUGCAAAGACGCUCUGGACAUCUACAAGAAAUUCCUUUACAGGAUGACGAAGCUCUCAGAGUUCCUCAAAGUGGCUGAGCAAGUUGGAAUAGAUCAGGGUGACAUCCCAGAUCUCUCACAGGCCCCCAGCAGCCUCCUGGAGGCUUUGGAGCAGCACUUGGCCUCUCUGGAGGGCAAGAAGACAAAGGAGCUGAACGCAGACACCAGAGCGUCCACCCUUUCCAGCGCCGUCUCAUCUCUGUCCACCACCGGCAUGUCCUUCAGCCGCAUGGACGAGAAGGAGAAGCAGCAGGCUCUGGAGGAGGAACAGGCCAGACUGCAGGCUCUUAAGGACCUGCGCCUGAAGGAGAUGGGCAUGCAGACUCCGCCCUCUGCCUCCCCGAGCAGCCAGUCGAUAGGCGGCGCCAUCAACAACAACAACCACAUCAUACACACCCCGGAGUUGUUCACCUCCACAAUGUCUGCCAACAGUGUGCCCAAUCUGAACAGUGACCUGUUUGAUCUUCAGCCGGCCUUCAUCCCCGCUGUGCAGAGCAAUCCUUCAAUCUCCACCGCCAACAGUGCCUGGGGAGGAUUGGAGAACCAGCCUCUGCAGACCACCGCAGCCAUGACUGUAGAUUUCGAUGCUGUGUUUGGGAAUAAGGCCGCCGCGCCCAGUAACAACGGUCCACAACCUGCAGCCGGUUUCGAUGCUCUAGGAGACCUGUUGAAGCCUACGAUGCCCGCACACACCGCUCCUCUUCCUCCCCCUCAAAUGGCCAUCCAUCACGGAGGAAAGCUGCUAGCCAACGACCUCGACUCCUCUCUGGCCAACCUCGUGGGCAAUCUGCAGUUUGGCGGGACCCCAGCCAAGAAGCCAGAGAUGCAGUGGAACCAGCAGGGAGAGAAGAAGCUGACGGGAGGCCACAACUGGCAGAAUAAGACCAUGUCGACCACACAGUGGGGCCCGGCGCCAAUGGCCCCACAGCCCAUGCCUGUACAACACGUGGCUCCAGCUCCCAUGGCUUUUCCCAUGACCACACCGCAAGUGCCUGUGUAUGGAAUGGUCGCUCCCCAGAUGGGUCAGAUGGGCGGUGUACCCGUGAUGGCUCCUCAGCCGAUGAUGUACAACCAGCCUGUCCUCAGACCCACCAACCCUUUCGCACCGAUGCCCGGAGCCCAGGUCAGCUAUCCUGUACUCGUGCAUUCAUACGCACAGAACGACUGCUUUGCAAAUGAAAAGAUGCAGUUUAUGUAAUCCAGUCAGGGGGAAGCAGAGUGCCAAAAGCGACAAACAAACAAACAAACAAACAAACAGCAGAAGAAAACACACCAGAGGAGCGAUCUGAAGGACGGAGGAAUGAUUUAAUCGAGCUAAAACGACUGAGAAACAGACAGAAGACGAGAUAAACAACCGACACCAAAAAAAACAUUGGAAAGAGGAGGAGAAUAUGACCGAGCAGAGGAUGGAGGGAUGGUGGUGGUUGUUGUCUGAAACAACUCCUUGCAUUUGUGUACGUGUGUGAGUGUGUAGCCUCUUUCUGUUAUAUUGUCCAAUUUGUGUUUUAAAUCAUAUCGAUGGAGUGAUGCUUCAGGAGAGGGAAUAAGGAUGAGAGAGAGAAAGGUUGGAGGAGGAGGAGGCGAUUGAGGAAAUCCUACCUCCUCUGACUGCUGUGAGAGGCUCUGCUGCAGAAUUAGCUUUAUUUCAUACUGGUGCUAAUUUCUGUCCUCUCCGGGUUACCGUCCGCCUGCAACGGCAAUUUGGGAAAAACCCAGGAGAGGACAACCGUUUAAGAGUGUGCGUGGAAGUAUGUGUGCUUUUGCAGAAGUUGUUUCAGACCAUUCCUCCUCUCCAUCCCCCUUUUGUUCGCUGUCCGUGUCCACGAAAUGUUUCCGAUCAGCGAGAGAUCUUCUCAAGCGUGUUUCCCGUCAUUUGUCCCGCUCUGUUGGGGAUAUCUUUGUAUUUUUUCGACCUGUUUUUUCUUCUGCAGCCUCUCCUGAAUGUUAUCGAGGCUUGUACAGCAACCAUUUGUUAAUAAUAGCAUUUUUGUUGUUGUUGUUGUUGUUGUUGUUAUGGGGUUUUUAAGCUUAAGUCUUUGUUACUCAUACUGCGUUGAUUUCUUCUCCUAAAGCUACAGAUACACACAGAGAUAUUUGGGGGUUAGCGGUGCAACGGCGUGCUAGCACGGCGCAAAGUCAUCUGAAAUUGUCUGUGAACCAAAAAGUCCUAAAGCCGGGUCACACCAGAGAGAGGUGAAGCGAAAUUCAUCCGUUCAUCGUUGAAAAAACAUGGUUUUAAAAGCACGGCUACUCCCAAGACUGCUGCAGCUCGAGAGCUAAAUGCUAACAGGCUACUUUCUCUCUAUUUUCUCUGCAUUGCGUUGUUCCCCUGACAUUUUUAUCCUCUGAAUGAUUGAUCAUUUAAUUCACUAAUCCGUUGUUAUCGUUAGCUGCCUGUUAGCUCCUGGUUGUCCUGUGUGUAUCCGUCCCUCUUGUCCUCAUCAGCUCACCAACCAGAUCCAGACGUCACAGGCCUCUAAAUUAAGAGUCCUUUUAUUUUUUAUUAGGUUCACCCUAUUGGCAGAUCCACAUAAUGUGCCGAUGAUUGAAGACAGCAGCACUGAGUGACUGAUUUAAAUGUUACUGAAUUAAUUAGAAUUCACUUUAAAUUGCACUGAAUCAAAGUGAGUGGUUUUUGGCUCCAGCCCUCUCUCCGAUGCUCCAGGAAACAUUUUGGGGAUAUAAAAAUGUGGAGGUUGUGGGGGCGAUUCCUCAGCCAAAGCGUCCGUUACCAUGAGUUUGACUGUUGGUAUAUACGUGUGUGUGCGUAAUGCAUUUUUUUUUAAAAAGUGUGUGUUCAUGUGCGUGCUUACACAUGUUAUGUGUACGUUUAAUUUUUUUCCAUUGAGGGCUAAUGUUCUGAGGGUCGAAUUGUGUCAAAUUUUCGAAGCCAAAUUUGAGCCAGCGAGUUUGACACAAAAAAAUGUUGCUUUGUUAUUGUUUUUUUUAAAAUCAAAAACAAUGUUUUUUGUUGCAAAAUGCACAUGCAAAAAUUUUGCACUGAAGUGACUAUCCUGCCGCAAGUAGAGCUGCUGCCGGGCGUGAACAGAAAGUCGAGGAGGAGAAUCGGGAAGUUUGUAGUAAAUCGUUUGAGGGUUUUACAAUAACAGGUUUGUUCUAAUCUACCAGCCACUUUUGGUAGGCGACUAACAAAAACACAAAGUUUUUCCUGCCAUUCUAACAGCGAACUUGAAAACCUUUUUUUGUAGUCUCAUCGCCAUCCCAAAGUCCAGCGUCCACAUCCUGUAGAAUCUCGCCUCAACUCUGUCUAGUUGUUCUAUCUCUAGAAUGCUUUUUUUAGCCUGCUUCGUCACUGUUUGGUGUAGAUAUGUAAAAAAAAAAAAAACAAUAAUAGUAGUAUUAAUAACCAGUUUCUGUCUAGUUCGUCUGCUCCCACCCAUCGCUGUUGGAUAGAUGUCGCUCUUAGACGCUUCUUGUCGCGGUCUUGUGUUAGCUUAGCCUCUCCUCAUAGUAUCCUGCUUUUAUAGAAGAAGUUUUCCCACCUUGUCCUCUCCUCUGCCGGCGUCUAGUAACUAUAGCUCUAUUAUCUCUCUCUCGGUGUGUCUCUUGUCUUUUUUAGCUGUAGACGAAACCUUUUUUUCGAGAGGCUUUCGUGGUUUCGCUUUGAGCCCGCUCUCUUUUCUUCUCGCUGCUAGCAUCGCUACGGUGUGUGGUUAGAUAAGGUCCUUGCCUUUUUGUUUUGUUUCCCCCCCGUUUCGACAACAUCGGCCAUCUUUCCUUCUCGUUAUGAUGUCAGCAGCCUACAAACAUGUCUCUAAAUUCUAGUUGUGACAAAUGGGAGACUUCUUUUGUUGGCUAAAUGAGGGAAAAGUAAGGUAUUUGUAGUCAGAUUUGGGAAUGCUAGUUGGUUUUAGCAUCUGUUAGCUCAACUAGCUACGUAUGAAGUUUAUUCAAUAGGAGUAAAAUGUAGCAAGGGAAUCCACGUAUCAAUGGGACGAAUAAAAGUUCAGUUCUAAGCCCUGAUUGUAAGAAAACAUGCAGGUUUUCUUUUGUUUUUGUGUCCGGCCAAAACGUCUUCGAAACACUUGAACGUUAAAGUUGCUUUCUAGUAUUUCUGUUGUCCCCGAAAGCAAAACCCCCAUCUGGCUUCCCACUCGGACCCCUUUUCUUAAUGUCCGUCUGUGCUUCGGCACCAGACGUGAGCUGUGAUCACGGCUCUAUAUUUUCACCGGGACAUCUGUCUCACCGUCUCUAAUCUGGUGCUGAUGAAUCGGCACUUCAGAAAAAGAGAGAACGCCGUUAACCAUCCGUGGCGCCGAUCCAGAAUCGGAUCAUCGCCGCCCCCCUGGAUCUUAAAAAAACAAUGAAUCAUGUCGGGGUUUAAACGCAGAGAAUGAUCAUUCCUGAUGUUUUGUAAUUGUUUCUUCAGAAUACAAAAAUGGGUCCGCUUGACUGGACGUCUAAAUCUACAUUUUGUGUUCUUCUUGGUCACAUAUUUUUGCUUUUUUUCUUUCCGUUUUUUUCUGAAAACCUUAAAUUUCUCUGCAUGGAAUCCAGUCCUGCCUGUUGCGAUGAGAUUGUCUUUGUCUGUUGUGUCUCAAGUGGUUUUCAAAAAUGGUCAAAAUGUUUGUGGGAUAAAAGAGAGAGAGCGAGGAGUUUUUUUUGAGUCUCCUAAAUGUUACUUUUGGCUCCUCUCCUUGAUGUAACUGGCGGUAAUUAUCACAGCUUUAUCAUGUUAGGUCAUUUGUUUUAAUGGUUUUCAUCCAGAUAACGGGGGUUUUAGCCGAGCAUGCAGGCUCUUUUUUUUUUUCAGCUGGGAGUUUACACCAUUUUCUUUGGUCUCUUUUUUUAUGUCUGCUACAAAACCUGGGAUCAGACCCGACAACCUCGUCACUAAGUUCCUCUCCGAUAUAUUGUUUUUUUAACAAGCUGCUACCACCUCUCUCUGCGUUGUUGUAGCAUGAAUCCAGGUGGAGAAGGGUGAACGUUGAUGUCAUGUUUUAAAACAAAUGUCUGUUUCUCUGCUAAGGCCAAGUGUAUCAAACAUUCGGAGCUCCUCUCUCUCUUUGGCGAGCCAUCUCUCUUUCUCUUUGCGGGGUCGGUGAGUGCAUGGUUGUGUCGUUGUUUGUUAACCCCCCCCCCCCCCCCACCCUAAGAAAAAGCAUGAUAUGAAAGUGAUGGUGGUGAUGAUGAAUUUAAAUCCCCUGUUUUAACACUCGCCGUCCACGUCAGGGAUCCGACCGAUGUUUCUUUACGCUGACGAUAAUCGAGCCUCUGUAGCAAAAGAAAGAAACUUUUUUUGUGUGUGUGUGUGUGUGUGGGUGUUACUACACUCGCAGCACAGAUUUGUCCUCGGUUGACGGCGCCAUCUGCAGGUCGCUGCACUCAUAAAACCCCACAAAAAUGAAAACGAACGAUAAAACAAAAAGAGAGAGAGAGAGAGAGGCUGUUUUAACGGAUUAAAUCCCCUUCGUUUUUUGUCAAGUGAGUCGGUGUGUCGAGUCCAAAAGAAUCUCUUGUGCACGUUCUGUUUUUUCUACAUCUGUGUUUUUUGGUAAGAACCCUCGGAUUGCUGCCUCACUAUUCUGUAUAUAAAGAAACGCACCACACACACACACACACACACACACACACACACACACACACACACACACACACACACAGAGCUUAAACACACACUCAUAAUCUGCAACCGCGUUAUAUUUUCAUUUUAUUUUUCUGAACGAUAAAGAUAUUAUUUGCAGCCGUGUAAAGGUUUGAUUCCUCCUCAGUGGGGACGGAUAAACGGACGGCUGCAGACCUCCCUGUACAUCAGGAUCAGCCAUGAAUUCUCAAUGAUGCCAAAUGUUUUUUUUUGAGCAGAGUAAAUCUUUUGAUCUGUCUCCCUCUCUUUCUCCCCCUCUCUCUUCUCUGUCUCUCCCUCCUUUCCCCCCCCAUCUCUUUGUACAUUUUUUUUCUAUUUAUUUAAAGCAGAAAUAUAUGGAUUGUAUCAAGCAUGGAAAGGCAAACAAAAAUGUUACAGUUGACAACAAAAAAAAAAAAAAAAUCACAGGCUUUUAUUUUACAGCAGUAUAUUUGUUUAUUCUAGGGAUCUGUUUUCUCUCUCCUUUUUUUGGAAGAAAUAAAAAGUCAUUUUCCA